UAUAAUAAGCAAAAUGAAUUACAACAUUAAAGGAGAUCUGGAAAAUCUAACUGAGCGACAGUUAGAAUUUUUACGUGAUGUGCUCAGCAAACAAAAAUACUUAAUACAAGAUGUAUCCUUAGAAAAUAUUGGUGAGAAAGGUGACAAUUACGGUUCUCAAGUUAAAAGAGUCAUAGUUAAGUUUGAAAAUAAUAAAGAGUUGAAAAUGAUAGCAAAAGUGAGACCAGAAAAUAUGAAAAUACAAAACGAAACAAUGAACUCUGUAUUCAUCAAUGAAAUUGUCAUGUUUAAUGAAGUACUUCCAAAGUUUAAAGAGCUCCAAGAAAGCGUAUGUGUUCCGAAAGAAGACGUAUUUAAAUAUCCCCAUUGCUAUGGAACUCUCGAUGAAAGAGACAAUGAGAUUAUACUGUUAGAAGAUCUAGGUGUAUCAAAUUUUAUUAUGUUAGAUAAAAUUAAACCAUUAGACAAUAAUAUAGUGAGACUUGUUCUUAAGAAUAUGGCAAACUUGCAUUCUUUGUCAUAUGUUUUAGGAAGAAGGGAACCCGUAUUUUUUAAUAAAGUUUUGGAUACAUUAUUUCAUCCGUUAUACCACCCUAAUAAUGCGACUCAGUCAGUAAUCUUUCUGGAGAAUAUAGUGAACGAAUUUGGUGCUGUUUUUGCAACUAGCAGAUAUCGAAAUAUUAUUGUUGAUGUUAUGCGGGAUUUUAUUAAAUCACCUAUUAAAUUAAUAUCAAGUGAUAACAAGACGAAGUACAGUAUUAUUCAGCACGGAGAUUUGUGGACCAACAAUAUUAUGUUUCAAAUACAGGGUAAACAACCAAGUACGUGUACAUUCAUAGAUUACCAACUCUCUAGAGAUAGUCUUCCAGCUUCUGAUAUUCUAUACUUCAUAUUUAGUUGCACAGAUUAUAAAACAAGAUCAAAGCAUUACUAUGAAUGGAUAGAUUUAUAUCAUUCAGAAUUAGACAGAUAUCUAUCAUAUUUUGACCUCAAAGUAAAUUGUAUAUAUCCAAGAGAAAAGUUAGACGCUGAUUUAAAAAGAUACACUAAAUCUAGUCUGGGUAUGUCAUUUUUUGUAUUGAAUUUUUCACUGAGAUCGUCACAAGAAGCUCCGGAAUUAGUGAUGACUGAGAUUGACGGAAGUCAGGAAAUACCUCAUUUCAAAAUGGGAGAAUUAACCAAUAAAACCUUUGAAGCAAUCAACGAACGAAUCGAAGGAGUUAUUGAGAGCUGUUUUGAUUUCGGAUAUCUAACUGAUGUACGAAGAAUAUAAUUAUAAUA